AUGGCGACUGGAACAUCGUCUCUUCUUGUUGCUGCGUUCGAUUUUGGGACAACAUAUAGUGGUUAUGCGUUUUCCUUCAGAGAUAACCCGCGUAAAGUACAAACUAAUCACACCUGGUAUUCGGGAGGGGCUGGCAAACUAAUCUCUCUAAAGACACCGACUAGCGUGCUUCUUAAUCCAGACGGAGAGUUUGAUUCAUUCGGGUUUGAAGCUGAGGACAGCUAUGCGAGUAAAGCGGAAGACGGCGAACACGAAGGAUGGAGAUUGUUCCGGCGUUUUAAGAUGGUUCUGCACAAUAAUCAGAACCUUUCGAGAGCUACUACUGUUGAGGACUUAGAAGGCAAUACUCAUCCUGCAAUGCCUAUUUUUUCCAUGUCGAUCAAGUUUCUACAGACACACUUGCUAGAGUCGGUCGCAAAACAGAUCGUAGGAAUACGAGAAAGGGACAUUUCGUACAUUAUCACUGUACCCGCUAUCUGGGAUGACAAUGCUAAAGAGUUUAUGAGGAUGGCUGCUGAAAAGGCGGGUCUUGAUGGAAAUCGACUGAAACUUGCCCUGGAACCGGAAGCUGCCUCGGUUUGGUGUGAAACUGGCGGUGUUGACGCCAAAAUUGCUGAUCCAGGAACUAAGUUUAUGGUUAUCGACUUGGGAGGUGGCACUGCAGACAUAUCCGUCCACGAGAAAAAACUCGACGGAACUCUGAAGGCAAUACACAAGGCGAGCGGUGGACCAUGGGGUGGCGUAUAUGUGGACGCUAACUACAUCAGAUUCCUUGAAAGGGUAUUCAGUAGGAGGGCUAUAGCUGAUCUCAAGAAAAAGGAAAUGUCCGACUACUUUGACGUCAUCAGAGAGUUUGAAACAAAGAAACGUUGCUUCAGUGAAAAGGUGAAAAGCAAAAUUACGUUCAAAAUAUCGGCGGCAACGAGGACGCUUUCAGAAAAGUAUACGGGACAAAAGCUAGAGCAGAGGAUAGAAUACCUUGGGUUUGGUGAUUCAGUUGUGUUGAAGGGUGGAGACAAGUUGCGGGUUGAACCAGAUAUCGUCCAAGCAUGGUUUGACGACCCAAUCAACAGACUCGUUGUCCACUUAAACAACAUACUCUGCUUACCAACAAUGAGGGCUAUUCAGACCGUUGUGUUGGUUGGUGGUUUUGGAGAGAGCGCGUACGUACAGGAGAGGCUUAGAGCUGAGAUUCCGGUCACGCGAUUAUUUGUGCCGGGUGAGGCAGGCCUCGUCGUGCUGAAAGGCGCCGUCAGCUUUGGACACAACCCAUCGAUUAUUUCAUCCAGAGUGAUGAAUUACACGUACGGAGUUGCUGCCAAUAUAAUUUAUGAUGAGAAAAUACAUAGUAAGGACAAAAGGUUCUUAGCAAACGACGGACAUUGGCGUGUACAUAACGGAAUCGCCGUUUAUGCUCGUGUAAAUACUGAAGUGCCCGAAGACCAACAAAUUACGCAAGAGUUCAUCCCUAAUAACUAUAUUGUUCAAAUUCCAAUCUAUCGAACAACACGGGAGAACCCUUUAUACGUGACCGAGUCAGGCUGUGAUCUUCUCGCUGAGUUGAAAACUUCCCUGCCACGGGGGAUUCCUCUCUCUGAGCUUAGAUACAAAACUACAUUUAUGUUCGGUGGGACGGAACUCGUUGUAAAGUUUCGCGUAAAGAAAACUGGACAGGAGGAGAUAUUGAAGUUGAAUUGCUUGAAAUAAGACAUUUUCAAUCAAUUAAUUCUGAAUAAUGAAAUCUUGAAUAAGGCCUUUGAAUCACGCCAUCUAAUUUUAUUCCAUGUUUGUGUGUUGAGGUUAACAAGUGGACUUAGUCUUGUAUUCUUCUUUGAAGAGUUAAUAACGGUCUUUACUUGUCCAAAUGUAUGCUCGACGAUU